GUGAAAAUACUCGCUUCAUGGUUCCGUCGCUCUGCCGGUCCUGCGUUGCCUGUUUACGAGGUUACAAAAUAUUUAAAUGUGAAACAUCUCAUCAAUGAGCUAUAUUAGCCCUUAUCUCCGAAAACGUCAAUGAAACACGGUUUUAAUCAAGGAACGUCGUGCGGUUGUGUGAAAAAUUUUGUAAAUAAUCCAGCAGUGAAAGGUUUUUAAAACAUGCGAUGACGGCAACGUUGUAACCGUAGAACUUAAUCACCAAACAAAUAUUAGUGAAGUUGUAUGUCUCAGUAAGCAUGGUGGACGAAAAGUAUGUAUUACGUUUUAAGUGAAAUAGUGUAAUAAACCUGGAACAACAACAGUUUCAAAUAUAACAAAUACACAGAGUGUGGUUGUACUUGUGCAUCGGUUUGUUUAGAAUCGUAACUGUGUUUGUGAAUAUACCACAUGUCAAGUUAAAUGUUUUCGACGAGAUACUCUUCUAUAAGGUGCAGCGAGACGAUGUGACUAGCCGGUCAACUGUCGCGCGUUUGCGAGGGAGUCUUAUGAGGAACAUGUCCACAACCAAGGCGCGCAGCAUCGCAGCAACACGUUCACAGCGACCGAAUUCGCGGCUGGUACAGUUUGAGGGAUCUCGCCCGACAAUUUCGCCCAUGUCUACGGGGUCCCACUGAUGGCCGUCCACGGCUUUGCCCAAACGGCCCAAUUGCGCCGAUUCAUUGGCUGGCACGGUCCUGGCUGCCCGCUGGCCGGCACCCUGCUGUUUUACGGUGCGGCCUUUGCUCUUCUGAUUCCCGGACCCAUCCGGCCCGCCGGGGCCCAGGAGCUGACGCCCGGGCCAGUCCACCGCAACGAGACUAGAUUUAUUUGCAAAAGCGUGGACGUCCGAAAUUCACUGGACGCGUUCUCGAAACUGGAGAACUGCGAGGUGAUCGAAGGGUUCCUCCAGAUCUUGCUCUUCGACAACGUUUCGGAGUCGGAGUUCCUGAAGAGACAGUUCCCGCUUCUGACUGAGAUAACAGACUACCUAUUACUGUACAGAGUGAGCGGAUUGCGUAGCAUAGGGCAGUUGUUUCCGAAUUUAUCGGUUAUCCGCGGUCAAAGCCUAUUCUUUUCUAAUGCAUUUGUGAUAUUCGAGAUGUCAAGUUUACAAGAAAUCGGCUUAUAUUCCCUCACAGACAUCACACACGGUGCGGUGCGCAUCGACAAGAAUCCUUCCUUGUGUUUCGUUCACACCAUCGACUGGGACCGCAUAGUCCACGACAAGAGCGAGAAGAGUUUUAUAAAGAGCCUGAAGCCCGAAAACGAGUGUCCGGUAUGUCCCGGUAACAUCGACGUGAAAGUUAACGGCGAUAAUAACAGCGCGACGGUGGCUUGCCCGAAAGCCCCAAGGACUAGCGGUGACAGUUUCGAAAAAGACAGACACCUCUGCUGGAACAGACGGCACUGCCAGAAGAUCUGCCCGGACAACUGCACCGCCUGCAACGACCGCGGACAGUGCUGCGGCCCCCUGUGUCUGGGGGGUUGCAGCAACGACGAUCCCGACGAUUGCACCGUGUGUAAAAAUUUCACCGUUGAGACUGAGAAGAAGAGGCAGUGCACCCAAAGCUGCCCGCCUAAUUAUUUCAAGUAUUUGGAUCGACGCUGUAUCACAAAAGAAGAAUGUAUUAGUAUGCCAAAGCCAUUAGAAUUCCAUGCCACCAACGAAAUUGCCUAUAAAAUUUUUAAGCAGUCCUGUAUUUUGCAUUGUCCUCCCAACUACAAGAGUGUAAACAACACAUGUAUACAUUGCGGAGGGAGGUGUGAAAAAGUUUGCGAUGGGAUCAACGUAGACAGCAUAGCACUGGCAAAACAACUGAGAGGGUGUACCCAUAUCAAAGGUUCUCUCGAGAUUCAAAUUCGAGCAGGCAGUAAGGUAGUAAAUGUGUUAGAAGAAAAUCUUAAUAUGAUAGAAGAAAUAUCCGGUUAUCUCAAAAUUGUUCGAUCUUUCUCACUUGUGUCUCUGAACUUCCUAAAGAGUCUCAAGCGGAUCAAGGGCGAGAAGUUGGAGAGUCAAAAAUACGCGGUCGUUAUACUGGAUAAUCAAAAUUUGCAAGAAUUAUGGGACUGGAAAAAUAGAACCUUGAAGAUAGACAACGGAUCGUUAUUUUUCCAUUUUAAUCCAAAAUUGUGCAUGUACAAAAUUGAGAAGCUGCAGGAAGUGGCUAUGCCCCAUUUACCGCAUUUCACCGAUCACGAAGUAGCACCAAAUUCCAACGGAGAUCAGAUCGCUUGUAACGUAACGGAUCUGCCAGUAAAAAUUACGUACGUCGAAAGCAAUUUCAUUACACUGGAAUGGAAUCAGUUCGAAAUGGAAGACCAACGAAGCCUUCUAGCUUAUACGGUGUACUGCAUCGAAGCCCCUUCUAGAAACAUUACUCUUUACGACGGAAGAGACGCCUGCAGCCAAGACAAUUGGCGCGUGUAUGACGUGGCGAACCAACCAGGCGAGAAAAAAAUCGUCCAGCCCCUGCCAAAUCUGAAGCCGUACACUUAUUACGCUUUUUACGUGAAAACGUACACCAUCGCUAGCGCGAGGACCGGGGCGCAGAGCGAAAUCAAGUAUUUCCGUACGAACGCUUCGAUGCCGUCGCCGCCACAGAAUCUACAAGUCAUAAGCAAUUCCAGCGACUCCUUGAAAAUCUCAUGGCUGCCUCCGGCAAACCCAAACGGCAACAUAACCCAUUAUAUCGUGUCCGGCAAGAAGCACUCGAAUGGCGAUAUGUAUUCCAAAGACAGAAACUACUGUAAAGAUCCCCCUACUAAGACUGAAGCACCACAAGUUAUUCAACCCACCCCCUCACCAAAAAGUAACGAUACCUGCAUAUGCGCCGAGAACCCUGAGAGGAGUAUCAGCAUUAACGAAAUGGAAGAAGCCGCGAGGAUAAAGUUCGAGGACGAACUCCAAAACAAAGUUUAUAUAAGAAGGAAAGAUCCGAUAAGGACAAAACGUCAGGCAACGGCUUAUACGUUCCCAAACAACACCGAGAGCCUGUCGCCGAGCUUUAAGAAUAACGUGAUACAAAACGUCACCGAAAAUGGUACCGAUAUUUGGGAGUCGUUUAGUUUUCCCGUUUACGGAAAGACUGAUUUUUUUAUCGACAAACUGCACCAUUUCACCUUUUACGUUAUCAACGUCCAGGCCUGUCGAGAGAAGGAAGGGGACAAUGAUAUGGAGAGCAGAUGCAGCAGCACCAGCAUGCAAACUCAGAGGACGCUGAAGAAACGUGGAGCUGACCGUAUUAAUAAGGUCCACAUUACAAAUCAAAGUCUCGAUACGGUGACGAUAGCCUGGGAACCGCCGGAAGAACCGAAUGGAGUAAUAUUCACCAUUUCAGUAGAAUACAAGCGAAUCGACAUCGAUAAUGCAAAGGCAAACCCGGAGUGCGUAACGUCGAAAGAUUUCACAAACGACAGUAGUUACAGAAUAAUGAAACUGUUUCCUGGUAACUACAGCUUGCGAGUCGUCGCAACCACCUCGGCAGGGGAAGGAGAAUACUCUCCGUACAUUUAUUUCUAUAUUAAUGAAUCAUCAUCGAAUACCAUAGUGAUAGUUUCUGUUACUUUAAUUAUAUUCCUUGGCUUAUUCCUAUUCGGCGGGUGUUUCUACCGGAAGCAUCAGAAAGAUAAAGAGAACAUGAGACUUAUCCAGUCGGUGAAUCCUGAAUACGUGCCUAGCGUUUACAUACCGGACGAGUGGGAGGUGCCAAGAAAGAAAAUCGACCUGAUCAAAGAAUUGGGCCAAGGCAGCUUCGGGAUGGUGUGGGAGGGCAUCGCGCACGACAUCAAAGGCCAACCGGAAGUGAGAUGUGCCAUAAAAACUGUCAACGAACACGCCACCAACAGAGAGAGGCUGGAAUUCCUGAACGAGGCGUCUGUAAUGAAGGCGUUCGAUACUGCCCACGUCGUUAGGUUGUUAGGGGUGGUGUCGCAGGGCCAGCCCACUCUUGUGAUCAUGGAAUUGAUGGCGAACGGUGAUUUGAAGUCUUAUCUGCGAUCGCACAGGCCGGACAUCGAAAACUACGACCCUACGCUUAUAAAACACCCCCCCACCCUGAAGCAGAUCCUUCAGAUGGCCAUCGAGAUAGCGGACGGCAUGGCUUAUCUGUCGGCGAAGAAGUUCGUACACCGGGACCUGGCAGCUAGGAAUUGUAUGGUUUCGGAAGACUUAACCGUAAAAAUAGGAGAUUUCGGGAUGACUCGUGACAUAUACGAGACGGAUUACUACAGGAAAGGGACGAAAGGCCUUUUGCCUGUGCGGUGGAUGGCACCCGAGAGCCUCAAGGAUGGGGUUUUCACUAGUAGCAGCGACGUGUGGAGUUACGGUGUAGUCUUGUGGGAGAUGGCUACGCUGGCGUCGCAACCCUACCAGGGACUCUCGAACGAUCAAGUAUUACGGUACGUCAUAGACGGCGGAGUAAUGGAAAGGCCGGAAAAUUGCCCCGAUAAACUGUACACGUUGAUGAGGUACUGCUGGCAACACAAACCGACCGCGAGGCCGGCGUUCCUAAAGCUUUGCCAGCUUCUGUUAGAUGACGCCAGCCCAAAUUUCGCACAGGUCUCGUUCUACCACAGCCCGGCCGGGGCGGAGGCACGCGCGUCCCGUCCCACCCCCUCGCCGAGUCAAGACGACCACCAGACGACGCCGUUGCGGAAAGUGUCCGACCGACUCGGCGGAUACACCCCCUCCGAAUCCCAAGACUCCGAUGAGUUGGAUAUCGAUACUCAUCACCAGUUUCCCAGUAUUUCCGAGAGCGGCGUCGGUGUGACCGCCACGGCGAAUGGUUACGUAAGUGGGUGUCCUACAACAGGUGCGUCGACAACGCAGUGCUAGCCACAUAUCACUUCUUAAAAAUUCUAUUAAAAGUAUUCCUAUGAAAGAUCUGAUUAUUAUUUCAGCGAGAGACGGAACAGCAUGACUUAUUGUAAAGUAGUUUAAGUUGAAAUUACCAAAGAUAGUGAUAUUUAUUAACUGCAUUUGUUGGGAUGCCUACUUAAACAAACAAAACAGUUCAAUACAUAGUGUAAGCAAUUAGGUUUAGUGAAGCAUUUUGCCUAACCACGGAAGACUAGUCUUUUUCCAGUUUACCUAUGGAUACUCUAGUUUAAGAUACUUGUCUAUUAAUGAUAUUACAUGUAUGUUAAACGGUGGAACUAAUUGCCUUAUUAAUUAAAGUGUGUACCGAAAUGUGUAGAAUCCCUCAAAGACAUUCAUUCAAAGAUGGAUCAAAUGCCAGUCAUCAAUACAUCGCAGCCUGAGUUCCUUUAUACCUACCCAAUUGGUAGUCACAUUAAAAACUACUUUAUUAAUUGAUAACUGUACCUAUUACUAUUUAUAUUUUUAAUUAUAUUUUGUACUCUGUGACAUAAUGUACAUUUCUCUAUUAUUUUAUAUAAAAUAAAAAUAAGUUAU